AUGAGCCCUCGGAUCAUUAUUCCUGGCGCUCAGAAAAUCUGGAUUCGUACAUGGGGAUGUUCUCACAAUAAUUCAGAUGGUGAAUACAUGGCUGGACAGCUAGCUGCCUAUGGAUACAAAAUUACAGAGAACUCUGCUGAAGCAGAUUUAUGGUUGCUGAACAGUUGUACAGUAAAAAAUCCAGCUGAAGACCACUUCAGAAACUCAGUUAAGAAAGCCCAAGAAGGGAACAAGAAGGUGGUUCUAGCAGGCUGCGUUCCGCAAGCCCAGCCUCGUCAGGACUAUCUGAAAGGCCUUAGUAUUAUAGGGGUUCAGCAAAUAGAUCGUGUAGUAGAAGUUGUGGAGGAAACUAUUAAAGGUCAUUCUGUGAGACUACUGGGUCAGAAAAAGGAUAAUGGAAAACGUUUGGGAGGAGCACGACUGGAUUUGCCAAAGAUUAGGAAGAAUCCUCUGAUAGAAAUCAUUUCCAUCAAUACAGGAUGUCUCAAUGCGUGUACCUACUGCAAAACCAAGCAUGCCAGGGGAGAGCUAGCAAGUUAUCCAAUUGAAGAACUAGUGGACAGAGCCAAACAGUCUUUUCAAGAGGGUGUUUGUGAGAUAUGGCUGACCAGUGAAGACACGGGGGCUUAUGGCAGAGACAUUGGCACAGACCUCCCAACGCUCUUGUGGAAGCUGGUUGAAGCUGUUCCUGAGGGAGCUAUGCUGAGACUUGGCAUGACAAACCCUCCCUAUAUUUUGGAGCAUCUGGAGGAAAUGGCAAAGAUUCUCAGUCACCCAAGAGUAUAUGCUUUUCUGCACAUACCGGUUCAGUCUGCAUCUGACAGCGUACUCAUGGAUAUGAAAAGAGAAUACUGCGUGGCAGACUUCAAACGAGUAGUGGAUUUCCUUAAAGAAAAAGUGCCUGGAAUAACAAUUGCUACAGACAUCAUCUGUGGUUUUCCAGGGGAGACGGAUGAAGAUUUUCAAGAAACAAUGAAACUCGUAGAACAGUACAGGUUUCCCAGCUUAUUCAUUAAUCAAUUUUAUCCACGCCCAGGAACCCCUGCUGCAAAAAUGCAUCAAGUUCCAGCUGCAGUGAAAAAACAAAGAACAAAGGAUCUAUCCCAGCUGUUUCAUUCUUACAAUCCGUAUGGUCAUAAGGUUGGUGAGAGGCAGAGGGUUCUGGUAACAGAAGAAUCCUUUGAUUCCAAUUACUAUGUCGCUCACAAUCGAUUCUAUGAGCAGGUUCUCGUGCCAAAGGAUCCUCUGUUAAUGGGUAAGAUGGUAGAAGUGAAUAUUUAUGAAGCUGGUAAACAUUUUAUGAAGGGGCAACCAGUGUCAGAUGCCAGAGUUUACACUGCAUCCAUCACCAGACCAUUAGCAAAAGGAGAAGUUUCUGGUUUAACAGAGGAGUUCAGGCAUGCACCACAGAAUGGCUCAAAGUGGAAAGCACACCCUUCUGCUGAGAUCCCAGUGAAAACACCGUUCAGCUCCAGGAUGCCUUUGCAACUCCUGUGGCCACAGGAAGGAGGUGGACUGAAGAUACUGUCUAUCAGUCUAGCUUUACUGGCAGUUCUUGUUACGUUUUACUAUGGAGGGAUGUAAACAGAACAAUGAACUGAAAGAAGCUUUUCUGAAAACAAUAAAAGUGCUGUUUAAAGUCUUCAAAUGAAAUACUUUAACCAACAACUUUCUUAAAAUAUAUAUAUAUAUGAAAGUUGUACUCCUCCUACGCCUUUCCUGUUAUUUACAGCUCUAGAGAUACCUCUCUGCCACUAUUUGAAAACUUUGGUUGGUAUAUCAAAAAAAAGUUAGUCACAUCUUUCCUCUUCCUUCUUUUUCUGAAAUGAUGCAAUGUUUGCAUUAUUUAUUCUUUCAUAUCUGCUGUUGCAGGUAAAAUUGCAUAAAAGAAACUCAUGAAAUUGUUAAGGAAUCUUUCCAUUGAGUGCUGUUGGUAAUCUUUUAUAGGUAGAACAUUUAAAGCUUCCUUAAAAGAUUUUGCUUAAUACAGUGUGAUGGUUUGAUAUGUGUCUUUUUACAUUAGAAUCAGAUAUUAAAUAUAAAGACUACUGGGCCAUUAAAGUCUGUCAUUUGUUGCUAUUGAUUGUGCUGUGAAUUUUUGGCCUGCCAUCUUGCCUCUGUCCAGUUCAGAAUGAGUUAUUAAGCUUUUUUAAUGCAACAAGAAUUAAUUUUUACAAAGCAAUAGUUUGAAAGGUAUUGUUUUUUAUUACUGUAUGGGAAGAUGGAGGUCUGGUGGUGGAAUUCUGCUGGAAGGUGGAUUUAAAACAUUCUCUUUGGCCCUAAUAUAAUGCCCAGAGAGCCAAACAUGAAUCUUGUAUUAGCUGUGCAUUGCAUGAGACUGUGUAUAAGAAAAUACUGCUUUCUUAGUGAAGAGGUUACAUUUUACACACUGCAUAUUUGUACUUACCUUCUGCAGCAGUUUCUGUUGUGGCAGGAUCUUCACACAUCUUGAGAUUGUGCUGGUCAGUCAGGGAUGGGAGAACAUGCCCAGCUGUGGGGCAGCUGACCCCACAACAUUGUUCAUUUCCUCAUUCCCUGUCACCUUGCUGGAUCUUUACCCAAACUUCCACUUGCAAAGUCAAUUUAAAGUCCUAAGGUCAGGGACUGUCUUUUUUAGUAGAGUUUUUGUGUAGUACCCAGUACAGACUCAGCUGAGCUCCCUACAUGGCUCUGCAGUGCAGAUAAUUAUUCCCCUGGGAAGGAUGCUUUGGGCUUUACAAGGUUCAUAACAGGGUUCAUAACAAUUACAGACAAGUAAUCUGGAAGUUCCACCGUGAUUUUUCCAGUACAGCCUGUAGAUUAUAAAAACAAAUGUAACCUUCUUCAGGAAACCAGGUAUGUAAUGACUUAAAUAUUAUAUUUCUUAUUUCAACCACUGAAGGUCAUGAGCCAAGACUCAAAAUGAGAUUUAAGAAAAAAAAAAGUGCUCUAGAUUUGCUUCUAGUUGUCUUUUCAGGCUUUUAUAUACAACCAGGAAUAUGUAAGAACUAGUUACUUCCAUUUUUAACAGAUUGGAAAUUUUCAAAAAAACCCUUUUGACUGCAGGAGCUGAAGUUUUCAGGAAAGCACCACAUAUUUCUCAGAAAAACUAUGAGUUGACAAAAUUAUUAAAUCCCAGUCAAAUCUUUACAUUUGAUGGCAGUAGACUGUGCAAAUAUGUUCUAUGCCUCUAGCAGUCUUGCUGUCAGCCUCUCUAGCUUAUCAUAAAAAUUACAGACUCAUUGCAUAAACUGUUACAGAGAUUUAAAAAGCUUGUGAUUUAGAUUCUAUGCAUCAUUGGCUUUAAUGGGAACAACUUAUUUUCUCGGUAAUAAUGCAACAUAUAGAAAGAAGGUGAAGAUUUGUCUAUAGAUAAAAUUAUCCACAUAUGCAGUAUAUUCUUAAACUGAGCUUUCUGCUGGUAUGUAGAAAAUAUUUGUUAUCAAGUAUGUUAUCAUCUUCCUUUAGAUUUUGAGAAGGCUUUUUGACACUUUAUCAUAGAAAAAGAGAGCAUUCUUUUGUUUCCAUUUAUCUACAGCUGAAGCUUUUAAAAGCUACUGAGCUAAACAAAUUAAUUUUGAUCAAACAGCUCACCUGAACCUUCAGGCAAAACUCCAACUGUGCGUUGCUUGAAGCUACAGUUGAGGGCCACUGGGAAACUUCAGUGAGCAUAGUGUGAAGUAACUCUGUCUACUGUAUGGAGCAGGUUGACCUGAACACAUUUGAUCUGUGAUUUUUUGCUCACAUUUGGCUCUGUAAAUGUGUCAGGUGAUGUUUUUAAUUUUUACAACAGUAUUAUGUUUGAGGCUUACCUCCACAAAGUUCUUUCUCUUUGCCAGCCACCGGACUGGGGGACAAAUCCGAUACACUCUGAUUUAAUGAGGACGUUGCAGGAGAAGUUUAACCGAAGUCAGAACAUGACUCUUACAUAUGCAUAAAUACACUCAUCAACAGAGAAUAUGUCUAGCUAAUAAGCAAUCUACCUUCAAUGUCUUUUCUUUAUUUUUUUUAAAGCAAAGGAGAACCUAAUUUCUUUGUGAUACCAAGAAAGUCUCAAUUAUUUUUCUUAAUAUCUGUGGUAGCUCUGAGUCCUCUUUAGCUGUUUCCAGUGAGGAAUCUUGCAAAGCACAAAACUUGAAUAGCAAGGACAUCAUGAAUCUCUUCUGAGCAACAUUAAGCAUACUUUUUUGUCCUAUGUAUGCAUGGUUUUGGAUGCUGGAGGGGUUUGUCAUUUA